GCCAUCUAUUGAAUUGAAUUGAACUCUGUCUAUGGUCCAGCUCUCUUUAAAGGUCCUUAGUCCGGAAAAUCGAUGUCAUCGAAAACGUUGUUGGCUAAUUUCAAGUUCCUUUCUGGCGGAGCUAAUAUUUUGAGAGAGGGAGAGAGAUUGGUAUCAGAGAGAGAAAAAGUUAUCUUUAAUCAAUAGAGGAUACAUCAUACUAUGACUACUAAAGAGGAAGGAAAUAAUCUGACAACUGAAACAAAGACUGAAGAAAUACUAGAUAAUGCGACAACUGAGGAUGUACCAACCAGCUUAGAAACCUCCCCUGAAGGAACUGCAAUACGAAAUGGAACUCAAACAAUGUCAAAGGACAAAGCAAAAACACCUCAGGCGCAACUCUUUCACGCUAUCUUGACCUUCACCUUCGCCGUGGCUACUUUGGAUUAUGACAUCAGAAGCGAGAAAAUCUAUGUUGAAGAUUGCUACAAAUUAGUUGAUAUACUAUUAAAAGCAACUGCUAAUGCACCGAUAAUGAAGCAAAAAAAAUGGUCAGUUUGCCAAGACAAUCCUAUUGGACGGAUUUCGGAAUUUAUAAAAAAAUAUCUCAAAUUAGAUCCUAAUGAGAGAUUGAAUGGGGAUGAGAGCUUUGAAGAUGAAGAAGGUCGUGGGCGUCCAUCGGUAGUUAACAAUGACGAAUUGAAGGUGUUGAUCGAGGCAGAUCCGUGCACGAUUCGAGACCUUGCUGUAAAGUUAAACGUAAAUCAUCCAAUAGUUCUGGACCAUCUUAGGCAACUUGGAAAAUCAAAAAUGCUCGACAAAUGGGUGCCGCAUGAAUUGAAUGAAAGUAAAAAAAAUCGUCGUUAUGAAGUGUGCUUUGUGUAUCUUUUGCGCAACAACAACGAUCCAUUCCUCGAUUGCAUUGUGACAUGCGAUGAAAAAUGGAUUCUAUACAACUGCUCAGCAUAGUGAUUGGACCGCCGCGAAGUUCCACAACACUUUCCAAAGCUGAAACUGCACCAAAGAAAAACUAUAGUGAUGGUUUGGUGGUCGUCAGCCGGUCUGAUCCAUUACAAUUUCCUGAAUCUAGGUGAAACCAUCACGGUAGAGAAGUAUUGUCAAGAAGUCGAUGAAAUGCACCGCAGACUGCAACGUCUGCGCUCGACAUUGGUCAAUAGAAAAGAUCCCAUUUUUCUUCACGACCACACGUCGCACAACCGACGCUGCAAAAACUGAAUAAAUUAGGCUAUGAAACUCUGGUUCACCCAUUAUACUCACCAGAUCUCUCGCCAAUCGACUACCAUUUUUUCAAGUACCUCGACCACUUCCUGCAAGAGAAAGUUUUCAACAACCACGGCGCUGUUGAAAAUGCCUUUCGAGAAUUUAUCGAUUCUACGACGUUGGAAUUCUAUGUUACCGGAAUAAAUAAAUUUGUUUCUCGUUGGCAAAAAUUUGAUGAUUGUAAUGGUUUUUAUUUUGAUUAAUAUACUUUACUCUGAGCUGAGA